UAUAAAGGGGGCUCAAAGGACAAUUUAUGUACCAUUCUGACCAACUGCAGUCAGACAAUUGAAUUUCAUUUGAGCAGUGGCCUUCGCGUAGCAGUAUUCAGCCAGAGAUGUAUGCUGUGUUUCUUCUCGGCGCUGUUUUGGUGACAGCUCAAGCAUACUCCAUCGAAAUGAUCGAGUUGGAGAAAAGUCACUUGUUGGCCCCAAUCGCCAUUCCAGUUCGAGUACAGUUCAUCACUCAGAAGGAUCAGGGUUACCCAGGGUCCACAUCCCUGCAAUAUCACGCGGCCCUGUGUGGUGGCUGCACCUUUGAUGGUCUAAACGCUCGCUUUGCAGUGAAUUUGGCGAAUAAUCCCUGGGACGAUGAGACAGGCGACACUAUCACCGUUCGUGCCAAAGAUUCUACUGGUACUGUAAUCGCUUCGAACCUCAUUGGAACCGACAACAAGCCCAUUCCUGACUUCAACUUCACGUACACAUCAAAGUAUUCAGAUUUGUUCUUUGACGUUGAAACAGGACCUGCUCCAUCUUUUGUAUUCACUCUCUCCCUGACGUUUGACUACAAGGACAGGGUAUAUUUCCCUGUAAUGGCCUGCGUUCCUCGUUGGCAGAUGACGGCCAAGGAGUACGCUGUGAUGCAGAACCAUACCAAAGGAAAUGAUAUGGGUCAGCUGGUUCCAAUUUUCAAAAUGGCAAAGGCAGAAAAUGUCAAGACUGGGUCUCUGAAACGUUUUCGCCUUGACUACUGCUUCGGGGGCAGUCCUCACUACAACAUUACCAUCACGACCUUCGCAAGUGACCAAAAGUCAGGCUUUGCAAGCUAUGCCUGCAAGAAGACCUACAAUGCAGGGGUAUGCAAUGUCAAAACCAAAUAUCGCGACAUAUCGGGUGGAGCGGUAAAUUUCAUAGAGAUGGGUUUGGAUGGCCCACAUGAAUAUGGGCCAGUGCAAGUCAUUGUACGCGGUGAUGGGCGGUUCGGGGAUUACAACAAUUUCACGAUCGCUGGCUCCGUUCCUUACUGAUCACAGCGACCAGCAACUAUUAUGAUCAGCUGUUUUGUGUUCAUUUAUUUUAGCUCCAUAUCAACCUUUUCAGUUUGUUAAAUGAAAGAGCCCCCAUUUUAGAUUGCUUAUGUAGAUCUAUAGCGGUCGUUGACGGUGCAAA